CUAUAUAAACAUCCCACCAGUGUGAGACGGCCACUUCCUCUAGCCUAUCUUCUAGCCUGUAGAAAUCGUUGGUCAGUAAUGUCACCUGUAAAAGAUGAAAUUUCAGACACCAAGCACUCCGGUGGUGCCAAGCAGGAGGAGCUCACCUGUCCGGAGCUGAGGGGGCUGGAGUCCAUCGCCCCCCUAGUGCGCUCCGUGGAGGAGACGCCUGAGCCCAUAGCUACGGAGGUGCGGGGCAACAUCCCCUCCUGGAUCUCAGGCAGCCUGCUCAGAAACGGACCUGGGAAGUUUGAGUUCGGAAACCAAAACUUCAACCACUGGUUUGAUGGGAUGGCUAUGCUGCACCAGUUUAAGAUCCAGGACGGUCAGGUGACCUACAAAAGCCGUUUCUUGCAGAGUGACGUCUACAAGAAGAACAGUGAGAAGGAUCGCAUUGUCGUGUCCGAAUUCGGAACCCUGGCCUUGCCGGACCCUUGCAAAAACUUCUUUCAACGUUUCCUCUCUCGCUUCGAAAUGAUCCAGCCUACGGAUAAUGCGAGCGUGAGCUUUGUCAAGUACAAGGGAGACUACUAUGUCAGCACCGAGACCAACUUCAUGCACAGAGUGGACCCUGACAGUUUAGAGUCCGUGGAAAAGGUGGACUGGAGCAAGUUCAUAGCAGUGAACGGUGCAACGGCCCACCCCCACUACGACCCGGACGGCACCGUCUACAACAUGGGGAACUCCUAUGGAGCCAAAGGUGCCCUGUACAACAUUAUCUCCGUCCCGCCGGCCAAGAACGACUCCCAAGACACCCUCCACGGGGCUAAAGUGUUGUGCUCCAUAGUCCCAGCAAACAAAUCCCAUCCUUCCUACUAUCACAGCUUCGCCAUGUCCCAGAACUACGUGGUGUUCAUCGAGCAGCCCAUCAAGAUGGACCUGCUGAAGAUCGUCACCUGCAAGCUGAGGGGCAAGGCUCUGAGCGAGGGCAUCUACUGGGACCCCGAGCAGGAGACUGUCUUCCACCUGGUGGACAAGCACACGGGCAAGGUGAGCUCAGUGAAGUACCACACCAAGCCCCUGUCCACCUUCCACCAGAUCAACGCCUUCGAGGAGGAUGACUUCUUGGUGCUGGACAUGUGCAGCUCUGACAGCGGGGAGGCCAUCAACAACUACCUGAUCCAGAACCUGCGCCAGUCAGGGGAGGCCUUGGACCUGGUUUACAACAACAUGAACAAGGUGUUUCCCCGGAGGUUCGUCUUGCCUCUCAAUGUGAGCGCUGACACGCCGUCAGACGAGAAUCUCAACACCCGGCCCUCCAGCCUGGCCACAGCCGUGAAAAUGAACAAAGACAAGGUUUUCUGCCUUCACGAGGAUCUCCAUGGCAACGACCUGUGUGAGUACGGUGGUCUGGAGUUUCCUCAGAUCAACUACAGCAGGUGUAACACCCGGCCUUACCGCUUCUUCUACGGCUGUGGCUUCAGACACCUGGUUGGAGACUCUCUCCUCAAGAUGGACCUGGAGGACAAGACCUUGAAGGUGUGGUACCAGAAGGGCUUCUUCCCGUCAGAGCCGGUGUUUGUCCCGUCCCCUGAUGCUCUAGAUGAAGAUGAUGGGGUCAUCCUCUCUGUGGUCCUCACUCCUUCAGAGGACAAGGCGACGUUCCUCCUGGUUUUGGAUGCAAAGACCUUCGAGGAGUUGGGGAGGGCCGCGGUACCUGUGAAUAUUCCUUACGGGUUCCACGGGACCUUCAAUGCAGCUGUUUGAAUCUGCAGAACGCCAGACCACCAGUGCCAACACCCUAACCUCUGACCCCUAAACCUACACACCAAGUCCAAACAUCUUAACGCUUCUCCUGACUCCUGACCUCUGGAACCUGCACCCCAGGUCCCAACACCUUAAAGAUGCUGUAAAGUGGAAUUGAAAAUGAGUCGUAAGUUCAUCACACCACAGAAGAAUGUGUUGUUAACUACACAUCCAAAUUCGAAUGAAAAAAAACAGACAAGUAUGUUGAAUUAGGCUUUGUCGUCUCUGCUUGAUACUGGGGGGGGGGGGUCGCCUGAAGGAGCUGAAGCUCCACCCCCUCGAAUUUAUUGAAUUUAGCAACAUCAGCAACAUUAGCUAAAUCAAUUGCAGAUAUCAGAGCUGAAAACGGGAGGGAAACUGUUCAACAGUUCUCACUCCACAUUUCAGUGUGACAACGUUUUUGCGCUUUGCACAUGUUUUUAGGAACUCAUUUCACACGUAUAUAAUGUACUGAGAAACAAAUCAUGGAAUUAGCUUUACAGCAUCUUUAACCCUGCCCCCUAAACCUGAAGCUGCACCUCAGUCGACACCCUCUUCUAACUCUAAGGAUGUGCGAACAGAUGUUCUUGUGUCGGAUGUCUGUACUCAUACUUAUACUGUGAAGAACAGAGGUUCCAGUUCAAGUAUUAUGUAACCAAACAGUUACUGUUUAGUUUAAACAAUUGUAAAAUGAAUGUUGGAAUCCAAUAUAUAAUCAAAUGUAAAGUUUGACUAACAUGAAUGUAUAUUACAUAAUAAAGCUCUAUAUCAUGUGAUGUGCUAAGGUUUGCCCUCUUAAUUUGGUAUGUUUAGUACUUUUGGUUACGUUUUUUGUACUUUCACCUCUGUUGUCUUGAAAUACUGCAUAUUUUUCCAGUAUUUUAAGCUUUUUCUAUGAACACAAGUCAACCACUUGUUGAUUUGGUUAGUUGAUUAUCUACAAACUGUUAUCAAUGCUUUCUUUAUAACCAAGUUUUUUGCAUUAUAAAGUUUGAUAUCCUGAUCUUUUUUAUAACUUUUAUAAGAAAAUUAUCUUGUAAAACACUUUGAACUUUGUCACCACACAUCAAGACAAGCUCUUUAUGAUGAAACAGCUUUACAGUAACCUGGCUUUAACCACAUUUGAUUAUUAUAGCUGGUCUCUACUGUUCCAGAAGUGGCAGUAGACGACCACUGGGGGGUGCCACACCCCCACAUGAAACGCAAUUCUCAGAUGUUUCAAAUAAAAGUUUUGUAAUUUGAUUACGUUUUACCUAAAGACA